AUGGAGGUGAGCACCGUGUCCCCAUCUUCUGCCUCACCCACUGAAGGAGAUGAUCUGUGUGUGGCAGAUGUCACCAGCGUGGCCAUACACAGUGUGACCCUGCUCAUCUGCCUCUGUGGGCUGGCUGGCAAUGGGGCUGUCAUCGGCCUUCUCCGACUGAAAUUUCAUAAAUCUCGCUUCUUUGUCCUGGCUGUCAUUGACUUCCUCUUCCUCCUCUUUGCGCUCCCCUCCGCCCUCCUCCUCCUGGUGGAGGACGUGUCCUGCUCUCCUAUCUUGCCCCGGCUGUACCUGAAUUACCUUUUACAGCUCUCAGUGGUGUCCUACUACUGGGUGCUAUUCAGACUGAUGCACAGCAGCAAAGUGCGGUAUAUGGACAAGCUCUGCUGCCUCUGCUGCCGCUGUGGCCUUCCCAAGCGCCUGGUGUGGGUCUUGGACAGUGUCCAGUACUGGGCCUUCUUUGCUCUCUUUGCUGUCAUUCCUACAGUGAGAUUCCUGUGCCCAUCACAGCAGGAGCACUGCCGGGCAGCUCUCAUCUCCGUGCACACCAUCACCCUGCUCCUCGUUGUUGCCACCCUGCUCAUUUCCAACACAGUUGAUUUCAUUAAGGCCAAGUGGGGCUCCCAGCAGCAGCAGCCCGAGAAACGCAACAUCGUUAUCGUCAUGAUUGUGCUCCUCACUCUCCUCCUCAGCCUCUGCAAUUUCCUGCAGCAGCUCGGUUACAUCGCUGUGUCCUCACAAGUUGUUUUCCUACUCGCCUGCAUCCACAGCAACAUCAAACCCUUCAUCUACUUCUUGGUGGGGAGGUGUUGCAGGCCCCGCUCCAUGGGGUCCCUCUGGCUCUCUCUCCAGAGGGUCUUUGAGGAGUCAAACGGAAAAACGGCCCACAGCGAUGACCCUGCCAUGGACACGGGGAUCUGAGCCUGCUGAUCCCUUCCACUGCUCUACUGAAGGACCCCAGGAGAGCGGCUGAAGCUUUCCUUUAACCUCCUGAUUAAUCAAUAUCCACCGGACCACUCUCCCUUUAUUGUUGUAUUCCUGCAGGAGAAGGGAGCAGGGGCAUUGCCUUGGGUGAUUUUUGUGGGAUGCUCUGCAGGGAGCACAUUGCAGCAUGGCUUUCCUCCUCCCUCCUGGAUCCACAUGGCUCCAAGCAGUGCAGCUGGGCUCAGUGCUGCUCCCCAGCUCUAUUCCCCAUGCAAUGACCCUCAUGGCCUCGGC